AUGUCCUCCUCUAUUCCCUUCAUACUCUCAUCAUCGGCAUUAAGCAUUGCUGUGCUCGUGCUCCCAACGUAUCUCGUCCUCAAAACCUUGUACCGGCUCUACUUCCAUCCCCUUUCCGGAUUUCCGGGACCGAAGCUUGCGAGCAUCACGACGCUGUAUGGAGCAUAUUAUGACCUUCCUCCUCACAGCUCGUAUGUAAAGAAGCUGGUGGAGCUGCACGAUAUAUAUGGUCCCAUUGUGAGAGCUUGGCCAGAUUGCUUGCACAUUCGAGAUUUGGACGCAUGGCAUCAGGUAUACAAACCAGGCUCAAAGUUCGAAAAAGAUCCUUCUUUCUACCGCGACCCCGGGACCGAGUAUUCUCUGUUCCAAAUCACGAACCGUCAACAUGCAAAACUUCGCAAAGACAUGUUACAGCCGUUCUUCAGUCGCGGGGCCAUCCAGCGUUUGGAAUCUUCAAUCCAAGACAAGAUCACCAUUUUCCUUGAUAAGUUGAAAAUAGCCAGCGACGAAGACAAGGCUGUGGAUCUGACGCUAGGCUUUCCGUGCCUUACGGGAGAUAUUGUCAUGUAUUAUUGCUACCAGAGGACAUUCGGAGCCCUGGAGGCGCCGGAUUUUCAGUUUGAAGCCAUCAAGCACAUCCAGGACUUCUUCGCGUUGCUCCAGGCGGCCAGGUACUUUCCCAACUUCUUCAACUACCUGGACAGAGUGAUUUCUCGGUUGCCGCUGGCGGUCCUGAAGAAGAAUGCACCUGCCGUGGCUGCCACCUUGUGGAUCCGAAACCAAUGUCGCGAACGCAUCCUUGAGCUUAUGGGACGGCCGAAAAUUCCACAACCCGAGCACCAAUCCACUUCAACACCUACUGUUUUCGAUACGAUGCUCAACCCGGAUACCAGCAAGGGCCAAUACACGCCGAGUGAACGUGGAUUGACCGACGAUGCCUUCCUCAUGUUUGUAGCAGGCACGGACACUACCGCGAACACCCUCUGCUACGGGACCUGGCAUGUACUGCGGGAUCCAAAGAUACAAGCAAGAUUGAAGGAGGAAUUGAAGAAAGCAAUGCCCGAUAGGAACGCAACACCUUCGUGGGCAGCACUGGAAAGUAUCCCUUAUCUCCGCGGAGUGGUCAAAGAGGCACUUCGCUUUGGGUACGGUGUGCCUGGCCGCGUCCCUCGUAUCGUCCCUGACUCGGGUGCCGUGCUCUGCGGACAACGUAUUCCAGGAAGAACCAGCGUAGCAUCCAGUGCUUACAUAUACCACACAGAUGAGAGACUCUUUGCAAACGCGGGCGAUUUUCGACCAGAGCGAUGGUCGGAAGAGGCGCACAGUUCCGAACUGGAGCGGCGCUUGCUGAGCUUCUCUGGCGGACCCAGAGGUUGUUUGGGCAUGAAUCUGGCAUAUGCGGAGCUGUAUAUUACCUUUGCGCGGCUCUUUCGGCGGUUCGACCUUUCUAUCUGCGAGACCAUUGACAAAGACAUGAUUUGGGACGAUUGUUUUGUGCCGAAGAGUCGGGGACAUUUCAGGAUCAAAGUGCACGAAAGUUGCGAUUGA